AUAGGAAAGGUGAUAAUUAAGGGAAAGGUAUUUCCAAUGCCUGCGAGGGUCACGGGCUCCUGGUUCCACCUGUAGCUCCCACGACAAGUGAAACUUUUGGAUACUGCAUCAUUUUGUUGGUAAAUAAAAUACAGGAAUCUACCAUAGCUGUGGGGACUACUACAACAGCAGAGCCGUUUGAAGACAAGGGUGUGCAAAACGAGUUCUAUUUGAAGCUGUUGGAUUUGGUGGGUAGGCAGGGGUACUAAAUUUGUUUUGGGUCCACUUACCAAUCUCAAAUCUAUUCAUCUCUCUGCAAAUCCUGAUUCCGAUCGCAAGGGCAACAUGAUCUCACAGUUCUUCGUGCUCUCACAGAGGGGAGACAACAUUGUCUUCCGAGAUUAUCGUGGGGAGGUACCUAAGGGAAGCGCAGAAAUAUUUUUUCGCAAAGUGAAGUUCUGGAAAGGCGAUGAUGGAGAGGAGGCACCACCAAUUUUCAAUGUAGAUGGCGUGAACUAUUUACAUGUAAAAGUUGCGGGACUGUUAUUUGUUGCAACUACAAGAGUAAAUGUGUCACCUGCACUUGUGUUGGAGCUUCUGCAGCGGAUAGCACGUGUUAUAAAAGAUUAUCUUGGAAUUCUAAAUGAAGAUUCACUUCGGAAAAAUUUUGUCCUUGUUUAUGAAUUACUUGAUGAAGUGAUUGAUUUUGGCUAUCCACAGACUACUUCAACCGAAGUAUUGAAGUCCUUUAUCUUUAAUGAGCCAAUUGUAGUAGAUGCUGGACGUUUGCCAUCACUUGGUCCUGCUUCUUUGUUCAUGCUUUCACCAUUGGGCUUUGAGAUUAUACAGCAAGGAUCAAAGCGAAUGCCAGGAACAGCUGUUACAAAAUCAGUUGUGGCCAAUGAGGCUGGAGGCAGAAAACGAGAGGAAGUUUUUGUUGACAUCAUUGAAAAAAUAAGUGUAACUUUUAGUUCUAGUGGGUAUAUUCUGACAUCUGAGAUUGAUGGGACCAUUCAAAUGAAAAGCUAUUUGACAGGCAACCCUGAAAUUCGACUAGCCUUGAAUGAGGACCUGAGCAUUGGGAGAAGUGGCCAUUCCAGCUAUGAUUACAGCAGCUCAGCUGGGGCAGGAAUGGUAGUGUUAGAUGACUGCAAUUUCCAUGAAUCAGUUCGGCUAGACAACUUUGAUUUGGACCGAACAUUAACCCUGGUGCCCCCAGAUGGAGAAUUUCCUGUUAUGAACUAUCGUAUGACUCAAGAGUUUAAGCCCCCAUUUCGUGUGAAUUCUUUGAUUGAAGAAGCUGGUGCAUUCAAGGCAGAGGUUAUGCUGAAAGUGCGUGCUGACUUUUCCAAUACGAUUACUGCCAACACUGUUGCAUUGCACAUGCCUCUUCCAAAGUACACAACAAGGGUUAGCUUUGAGUUGGAGCCAGGAGCAACAGGGCAAACUACAGAUUUCAAGGAAGGAAAUAAGAUGCUAGAAUGGGGCCUGAGAAAGAUUGUUGGUGGUGCCGAACAUACAUUACGGGCAAAGCUUACAUUUUCACAGGAUACUAACAUGAAUAUAACGAAGGAGUCAGGUCCUGUCAGUAUGACUUUCACUAUACCAAUGUACAGUGCCUCAAGGCUACAGGUGCGAUACUUGCAAAUAGUUAAAAAAUCCAGAACUUACAAUCCUUACCGUUGGGUGCGAUAUGUGACUCAUGCUAAUUCAUAUGUCAUCAGAAUAUGAACAAUUAGAAAAUCGAAGAUUUGUUUUACUUGUUUAGUUUAAUGCAUUGGGAUUCGUGCUGCAUUUGUUAGGAUUUAGAAAAUUUCAUCACACUUAAAGUGCUGUAUUAUAUAUAUAAUAUUUAUGGUACUACUUAUGUGGUGACUUGCUUGGGGAGACACCCUUCAAUUUUUGUCCAUGAAGAUCUCUCUCAGGCAAGAGGUGGAGGAAGUGGUUUUGAUUGAAGGUGAGGAGAAAUAAAAAGGUUAUGUUACUAUAGAAAGGUAGUCAUUAGAAACUGUAUUUGUUGAUUUUUCUUUGUCAUUUCCUUGUAAACUGGUUGCCAUCUGUUUACUUUGCAAUUGCCAUCAUCAAAACAUUCCACAGAUGAAAUAAAUCUUCUGUUCUCUGCAUAUAAUUGAUCUCAGAAAGUGCAAGUGUGUCACUAGACUCUGUCAAACAGAAGUGACCAUUAUUCACCAUUUAUAUCCCUUUAUGCUGAAAAAGUGAUUUUCUUU